AUGUCCGAUCGGUUUUCUCGCGCCACAGAGAAGGUUAAAAUUAUCAUCAAGAUGAGAACCUGGUCGCCAAAACGCUCAAAGAAGGUGGAGGAUGGCUCCGGCCGCUGCUAUCUCAUGGAAUUACCCACCGAACUACUGCUCGAGAUUGUCUCCCACCUGACAGUUAUCCCGGAGGCAGCCCUUGCACUUACUUGCAAGCGCAUGUUCGCUAUCUCAGGCGAAAUUCUAUUCUCUAAAUCCCUCCGAUUUCCUCGCGACUUUGCGCCGCUCUUCCACCAUUACCGUAAUGGUCACAACUUUGUAACUCCACGAUGGUCAUUCCUCACAUUACUCGAGAACAGCCGCUGGAAGCUUUGCUCCAAGUGUCUGAAGCUCCAUCCCCGAGCCGCAUUCUCGCCGAAAGAGUUGAGACGCAAGCCAGACCAACGGACAUGCAAUAUUGGCGAAUUGGCAGGGAUUGUCGACCUUUGCCCAUGCAAGAAGAUUACUUUCCGGGAUAAGCUCGACCUCAUCGACCACGUUCGAGUACGACAGACUACCUUGCAAGCUUUGAAAUCAGAGUUUGGCAACGCCGUCGACGAACGUUAUUGUUGGCACACCUGCACCGAGCAGUAUGGUCCAACAGAACUGAAGACAUCCUUGUUCCCAGAGCUCGACCACAAAAACGAGCUUAUUCUCCGCACGGAAUACCAGCUUACCACCGAACCGGGUCAAGUUGGCAAGGAAGAUUUCAUGACGCCUCGAUUCGGAUGUGCACACCGAUCAGCUGAUCUUUGGCUGUCAAGUGUCUACCAAACCACCAUCUGUCGUCUCUUCGACUCAUUUUGCUCAUCUUGCAAGCGUAUCUCAGUUUGCAGUGCAUGUGACACAACGUUGAAUUGCCCACGGAAGCAGCCCUUCCACGCCGAAAAGUCCAACAGAGCGACAUAUUCCUUUUGGACCGAGCGUAAUCUCGGUGGCUCCAAUGUGGCCCCUGAUGUAGCGUGGGGAAACCAGAGAAUUCACCCGGCCGAACCAUCGAUCAGCGUCGAAAACUGCAACGAGCUAUGCCCCUGGACUGUCCGUGAACAUCCCGCGCUUUCUUUCACGCCGAGUUUGGGAGAGGAGAUCAUCGAUACUGCCAUGGGCAAUUCGCCUAUCAAUCAACUUUAUUCAUCGCUGCGCAAUCUUUAG